CCCCAUCGGCCAAGUGCCACUUCAUGCCGAUGGCUCGGUCCCCCACCAAGCUUUCAACCGCCGGCCCCAUCCACCAUUCAUCCGCAUUCCUCAAAUUAACAUCCCAGGGUAUCUGGAUAUCCGGACGUAUGAGGCAUACCAUGAGCUGAACACUGCUCAGGCGGGCGCGUGCGUUUUGCCCAGCGUCGCCUCGCAUUCUGAGACGUUGAAUCGUAGACCUCCACAGAUUCCCAUUCCCUGACACUCAAAGCCCUCUACCAUCGCGCUAUGGAUACCCGAAGUGCGAACGAUGGGUCGUCGGUGGCCGGGUCCGAGGCAUCCAAGAUGAAGCUCCAACUGCCGGCAAGCUGCGACCCUCCACAGCCGGGGGCGCCGGUCAAGCAGCUGGUCUGGAUUGUCUUCGGCGGCACCGGCCACAUGGGCCGCUCCCUUGUGAAAUCGGCCCUCAGUCACGGCGACCUCGUCACCACGGUCGGACGCAUCAUAGAGACGCCGCCCGAGGCCAUGGCGCUGCUCAACAGCGACACCUGCCUGGGCCAGCUGUGCGACGUGCGCGACGCAGCGUCCAUCGCCCGUGUCAUCGAGCGCACGCUCAAGCGCUUCGGCCGCAUCGACUGCAUCGCCAACUGCUCGGGCUACGGCGUCAUCGGCGCGUGCGAGGACCAGGACGAGCACGAGCUGCGCAACCAGUUCGAGACCAACUUCAUGGGUACCCUACACAUUGUCCAGGCCAGCCUGCCCUACUUCCGCCAGCAGAACGGCGGCCGCUAUCUCAUCUUCAGCUCCACCUCGGGCGCGCUCGGCGUGCCGGGCCUGGGCCCCUACUGCGCGACAAAGUACGCCGUGGAGGGGUUGAUCGAAGCGAUGGCGUACGAGGUCGACCCGUUCAACAUCAAAGCCACCUUAGUGGAACCCGGGCUGGUGAGGAGGGACGAGCCGGACUCCAAUAUGAAUCCGCUGCCGACAUGGGGCCAUUUCCUCAUCAAGCCCGCCAGCGAGGCCUACUCGCAUGCGACGUCCCCCGCGCUCCACGCCAAGAGGAUGGUGCAGUGGCUGGGCGACAGACAGCCGACGAGCGCGGUCAAGUGCGCCGAGCUGGUCUGGCAGCUGGGCCACUGCUCGUAUCCCCCGUUGAGGUUACUGCUGGGGAGUUAUGCCAUCGAGAGUAUCCGCGACCGGCUGAGGUCGGUGACGGAGGAGCUUGAAGACUGGAAGCAUCUAAACUAUCCUAUCCCGCCGGAUGCGCCAGUUGGUGAAAGGGAAGAGAAGACGGAUAAGGAGGGAAGGAAUGAGGGGGAGUAUCGGGAAGAGGGCGAUGACAAAACCGACAAGGACGAGAGAGAGGAUCAGGAAGGGAGGGAUGAGGGAGAGGACCGGGAGAAGGAGGAUGAUGAUAUGAUGGAGGGGAUAACCCCGGACGUGAAAGACAGCGAGGGCACAUGACGAAAAGCCCUGGAGAAAGUGUGAUUCCUCUGGAUUUGAGGUUUUCCCUGCAUUCUUGUGCAUAUCUCCUGUACCGCCUUGUCGCCCAGAGCUUGACUGUCCAGGUAUAGACCGUAGAAGACCACCAUUCAUACAGAUAUAACGAUAUGGACAUGUCUCCACAUGUCUGCCGUAGCGUAAUAUAACU